CCGCCCGCGAUAUUCGCGAAAGGCCGACCGACCCGUACUAACCAGCUAUCGCGACCCAGCAAAUCAACGAGACGACGACCGACCGACUCCACGACAGCCGCCGAAAAAAUCCCUAGAAAUGGCCCCCCCUAAGACCACCAAGCCCGGACGGUCCGCUCUCGCCGAUGUCGUCGCCCGCGAGUACACCAUCCACCUCCACAAGCGCAUCUUCGGUGCUUCGUUCAAGAAGAGGGCCCCCCUCGCCAUCAAGGAGAUCAAGUCCUUUGCCAAGACCGCCAUGGGCACUGAGGAUGUGCGUCUCGACCCCCAGCUCAACAAGGAGGUCUGGAAGCAGGGAAUCAAAGGCGUUCCUUACAGACUCCGCAUCCGCAUCUCGCGCAAGCGUAACGACGAGGAGGGUGCCAAGAACAAGCUGUUUUCGUACGUCCAGGCCGUGAACGUCAAGAACCCCAAGGGUCUUCACACCGUGGUGGUCGACGACGCAUAAAUGGGAGUCGCUGGGGGACGGGGGUUUCCACCAUUUUCACCUUUGUAUUCAAACCAAUGCAAAAGUUUACGGGGUACCAUCAUCUUCUUUCGGUGUAAUUCGGGUUGGUGUUUUCUUUGGGGAUACAUUUUUUUCUUUUUUUCGGGGACAUUCUCGAUGGGAGGAUGCUGGGCAGGCAGGCACUGUGGUGGGGAGUUAUUGAGUUCUUUCUGGAGGGCUUCCAAAUUGCAGCAGAACCUGCCGGUCAAGUGCGCGAUAGGCCUCUCUCGCGAGCAACACACGACACAACACAAUCAAUGCUCAAUGUUCGAUGCUCACGAUCAAUGCGCGAUGCGUGCUGCUUGCUCGAUGCCUCAAUCGCGGCUUCCCUGCGGGAGCAGCAGCUAGGCGAGCAUCAAAUGAGAUACUCCCCAUGAUUCUUCC